GCAAGUACCCUGUACUGUAGGCUGUAGCCCCCCACCCCGCGCCUCCAACUUGUUCUUCUUCCGCUGCAAGAUAGCAGCAGCACAGGCGAGGAUCCCAAGUCCCGAGCCGUGAAGCCUGCUACCGUUCUCUUCUUCCCCGGCAAGCCGCGGCGGCCGUUGCCCCCUCAUAUAAUCUACUCGAAGCCCUUGCCGUCGGCGAUUCGAUUGAUACAGAGGGAAGCCGCGAGGGGCGGGACGGAGAUGCCGACGCUGACGAAGUUGUACAGCAUGGAGGAGGCCGCCCUCCACAACACGCCCGACGACUGCUGGGUCGUCGUCGACGGCAAGAUUUAUGACGUGACCAAGUAUUUGGAAGACCAUCCUGGGGGUGCCGAUGUUCUGCUCGAAGCAACUGGUAAGGAUGCUACAGAAGAAUUUGACGAUGCAGGGCACAGCAAGAGUGCCAAGGAGCUAAUGCAGGACUACUUCAUUGGGGAGUUGGACCCAACUCCUGAGAUUCCUGAGAUGGAGGUUUUCAGGAAGGAGCAGGACACGGGAUUUGCCAGCAAGCUCAUGGACAACGUGGUGCAGUACUGGGCAAUCCCAGCAGCUGUAAUUGGGAUCUCAGCUGUUGUUGCCAUAUUGUAUGCGCGAAGGAAGUGAAAGUUGAUGUGUCGAGCUUGGGCAGAUGAUCCUUUUUAGAGGGAUCAACCCAUGGUGCAUGGACGGAUAUAUGUACUCCUAUCCAGAACCAAAUACACUAUGAUGUUUGAUUCUUAGACACUUCAAACAUUUGCCUGAUUGAUGGCACUAUUUUGUCGACAUGACAAUCAAUUGAUGGAUUUAUUACUCUUGGGACCAACAGUCAUGCUUGCUGGUUCAAAUA